AUGAAGUCUCAACCGUCUACUGUUUUGCAGAGUGGAACCAGCGGAUCCGAAGCCGUAUCCGAAUCCCAGUACGGAUCGGAAUUCGAAUUCGAAUAUGAAUUAGAGGCGAUGCAUCAAAGGCCACGCGAAACGUGGAGCGAGGCAGACCUCUCCGAUGGAUACGCCGAGAGGGUCACUGAGGAGCGAGGGUACCCGGAGGAUUUCUCAAGGAUCGACUUAUGCCACGCGGAUUUUCCCCAGGGCCUCCUGGAUCGAAACGUCGCUCUAUCCGAGCAUAUACAGGACGAUCCCUUCGCUGACAAAGUUCCACGUCUCGAAUCAGUUCCCAUGCUCAAGGAACAGGAGGCAGAACACGACCCUUACGGACCCGAGUGGGCUAUAUAUCAAGCGAUGAUCAACGAGAACUUCGGCGAUGGUCCGAACCAGUCGUUCUUCCAUCGGACGCUGAUGGUAGACAUGAUAAUGCGAAACCUCCUCAACUACAGUAGACAGAGUGUCGAGCCCGACUGUCUCGAGUUCCGCAACGGAAAACCAUGGACUUGCCCGCCAAUGCCGACUCGGGCCUUCGCUCAAGGUCGCAGCUUCCUGGCACAACCCAAGCCAGAGCUCGCGGUGUGUUUCCGCAGGGAGAUGGUCAUUCCUGAUAGGCUGUGGUAUGCUUUGCCGAGAGCAACAAAGAUGCUUGCCUGCUUCGAGGGCAUCAACGCCGCCGGGGUCGGGAGGAUAUUCCAUUUCGUCGCCGCCGAAGCGACGGACGGGUUGACGUCCACCAGCGACAACGUCGGCAGUCUCUCCAGUCUGAACGACGCAAGUCAGGCGCUCCACAACAUGUUCGAGUUCUUCCGCGACGCCGGCCAGGAGGACGUGUUCUUCGCCAAAGUCAGGUUCUUCUCCAUGGUCGCCGGCAAGGACGGCGUCUGGGUCCGCAUACAUCGCGCCGUCCGCGUGCCGCCACGCAAACCCGACGAGGCGUGCAUCAUGCCGACGAGAAGAGCCGAGUACCCGCUCAAAUUCGAGUUUCGAAACUGGGCGCACAUCACAAGGGCCAAGCUCGAGAUCGGGGCCUCGGGCUGGAAGAUCAUUGGGGAGGCUCUGCUUGGAUAUGGCAUCGGGUUGCUGCGGGGGCUGAUCUACGACGCGGCGCAGGCCCUCGUUGUGAAGCUCGAGCGUGAUAUCGCGGGGUCCAGGGCGAGGGGGGAGGCUGAUUUCUAUCGUUAUGGGCAGACCGUAGCCAAUGCCAGGAGCAGCAGCAGCUGA